CCAAUUUCCCACGCCUCGGCUGCCGCCUCUCCAGAAGAAGAUUGAGAGAAAAGUAGGCGAAAAACCUAUAUAUAAGACUAGUAGGUAAGACUCGCAUUAACUACAUUUCUAAAUUUAAAUAGAAACAAGAUCAGAUGCUACUGUGGCCGAGCUCGAAAUGGAAAGCCAUUAUAAAGGAGUAAGUAAAUCCUCGCUAGUGUCGACACCAUGAUCAACGGCAAAACAAUUCAAACGAUCGAAACUGCAGUCAUUGCAAAAUUACUGCCGAUCAUAUUUUCUGACAAAAAAACAGUAAAGCCACAUAGAAUUGCUGAGACAAUAUAACAGAGGAAGGGCGCAGGCCAUAUGGAGACCAUGGAUCCACUGCCCAGCCCCAAAUUAUCCCCCCUCAAUAACAACCCAAAUUCCUCUUCAGCUGAAGAAUUUCCUUCCAUGGAACUGGGGACCAGAGAGAAUGAAAAUGCUAUGGGCGAAAUUUGUGAGGGGGCCGAUCUUUCUCUGCCAUUACAAUUGCCGCAAACUCCUAAGGCAAUCGAUUAUUUUCAGCCUGCAUCUAGAAGUGAAGAGUAUCGGCAAUUAUUCCAUCUUCCACCAGAGGAGGUUUUGGUGAGGGAUUUCAACUGCGCAGUUCAAAAAAAUAUACUUCUUCAGGGUCACAUGUAUUUAUUUGUGCGAUAUGUUUGUUUCUAUUCCAAUAUAUUUGGAUAUGAGAAAAAGGUACACUCUAAAAAUAAAAUAAUUCCACUUCGAGACAUUACUUCUGUAGAGAAGGCAAGAACAGCAGGAAUCUUUCCAAAUGCCAUAGAGAUUGUAGCAUGGGGGAAAAAGCAUUUUUUUGGCUCAUUUUUAUCUCGAGAUGAGGCUUAUCGACUAAUUGUGGAUGGAUGGAUGCAACAUAGUGAACAUGCAAAGUCAUUUUUGAACUCUCAGGAUACUCCAAUAAUACCUAAUGGUCCAGAUGGGACAUUGUGUGCUCAACUGGAGGAAAGUGAAACCCCACUUUUGAUAACUUACCCGAAUAUGGACUUUGUGGGAAGAGAUCUUGAGGAGACACCCCCAGAAAUAGAGGAGUCCAGUAAUGAAAUUGUCACUGAAGAUGGAGUCUGCAAUGUAGUCAAUGAAAAGAUUUCAGAAAAUUCAGUAACAAAUAAAUUAGAAGAUUCCACUGCUGAAAAAGUAUCACCAGAUGUGUGCACUUCUAUAUGGCAAGUAGAAGACAUGUAUGCUCCAAAAGUACCUGAACAAUUCAAGAUGGUUGGUGAAUCAAAAUUUCCGAUUGAUGUGAAGGAGUUUUUCCAGCUGUUCUUUUCAAACGAUGCUACCAGUUUUGCUCAAAAUUUUCAUAGAAAGUGUGGAGAUGAAGAUUUUCAAUGUACUCCAUGGAAUGAGGAUAAACAUUUUGGGCAUGUUCGUGAUGCCUCAUUUCGACAUCCUAUUAAAUUUUACUUUGGUUCAAGGUUCACACAUUGUCAAGAAGUGCAACGGUUCCGGGUGUACAAAAACAGUCAUUUGGUGGUCGAAACAUCACAGCAGAUGAAUGAUAUACCUUAUGGAGAUUAUUUUCGUGUUGAGGGCCUAUGGGAUGUGGAAUGGACGUCUGAUGAAAACAAUACUCAGUGCAUACUAAGGAUCUAUGUUAAUGUUGCAUUUUCAAAGAAAACGUUUUGGAAAGGAAAAAUUGAGCAAGGUACAUCUGAAGAAUGCAAGGAAGCUUAUGCCUCUUGGAUACAUGAGGCUCAUUCUCUCCUGAAUCAAGUUAAAGGCGACAGCAUCAAAACAGUGAAUUGUGAGCCUCCUUUUACAUCCACACCAAAUAGUCCACCCUCUCCAAAAGUUGUGCUUAGCGCAGAUGAAGGAAAUGGACAACCAGCAAUUCCAGAACAAGGACAAAGUGAUAAUACCAUUGCAAAAGCUUGUAAUAUAGCAGAAGAUGCUACGACUAGACAUCAUUUUGGAAAUCUUGAAACGGAGUCACUGCAAGAGUCCAAUUUUAAAUUGAGUAAUGCACAAAGAAGUAUGGAAACUUUGCUGGCCAAAACAUUUAGCUACAGAUCGUCACCACUGCUAUCAAAUGUUUAUACUAAUCUGACAUUGCACUGGAAACCUGGCGGACAAUUUACCUUAAUUUUGGCUCUGAUUUUAAUAGCCAUAUUUGCUGUUACACAGAUUGCAAUCAUAAUAAUGCUGGUUAGAUAUCCAACUGCUCAAUAUGUUUCUUCAGUUAGCCAAAAACCUCCUGAAUACACAGGGCAAAGUCUGCAAAAGUCUAAUAGUGUGGAAGUGGCAGCUUGGUUAGAACGACGUGUUUACUAUCUAGAGGAAGAAGUGUCAAUGAUGGAAGCUCGUUUCAAAAGCAUCCACCAUGAGUUUGUAUUGUUGAAGAGGCAUCUGCAGACAGUGAACCGUUUUAAUUCAAAAGCUCAGCCAGAUUAAAGCAGGCACUAAAUUUCAGAAUAUUCUCUUAAGAUGGACGUGUUUGCCUGUUUUAAAUGCUGGAAAGUAGCUUUCAUAUUCCGGCAUACAUCUGGCUGUUGGAAGCCCCUUUCAGACCUAUGUUUGCUUUCUGCGGUAACUUCUCAAGUGUAAUGUGCAGAAUGAGAGGCCUCUUAUCUUUGGAGCUAAUUAUUGUUUCAUCGGAACCGAGUUUGGAUAAGAACAGAGAGGCAGUGAUUCCCAGAAGUUCAGUUUUUUCGGGAUUGCAAAUGUGAUCCCUUAACCUGUUUUUGUCACAUCUAUUAAUUUGAUAUGUUAGCUAUGGCUUUUAGCUAGUGCAAUAAUUGGGGACUCAAAACUGUAAAAAAAACCAAAUAGGUUAAGAGUGGUUAUCAUUUGUAUAACAAUUUAAAAUGAGUUAAAGUCAUAAAAGGCAUACUCAUUUGGCUUCUCUAAAUGUAUUUGAAUGUAAAUUUUGUUAUUGUAAGAAACCAGUUGAAAUUUUUUGGGU